GGAAAAGGCCUUUGACCUGCAUCCAGUCUUCAUAGAGGUGUAUAUAUAGCUCGAUCUCUCAUGAGCCGACACCAGACUCCCUCUCAUUCGCAGGAACACAUACAGCUACCAUGAAUUCUCGCGUGUUCGUCACUCUCCUCCUGUGCAGCCUCUGGGCCUCCUCCGAGUCUUUCGUCCCCUUGGGACCCACCGCCGUACUCGGAACUGCCGCCGUCACCACUAUCACCGCUUCUGCAGCGGCAGCUUUGGGCAUAGGUGCCUUGGCGGUGUUGAAAGGAGUUCUCUUCGGGAAGCAUCUGAAGCGCCGCAUCAGGAGGGAAGUCAGUUCUACGGAAGAAGACGUUGCAGCCGAGAUUGCUGUGGCACAGAAGAUGGAUUCAGCUGGUUGCGUGGCCAAGCUCUUGUGUGAAAUCGAGGCCAUGUCCGAUGACCAGCUCACGCCAGCCAUGUCCACCUUCAAGUCCGCCUUCGAGAACAACCACAACCUCAAGGGUUCCCGAGGCGUCUACGAUAUGGCCAUCACCUUCGGAUCCAAGUUCGCCAAGAAAGACGCCAAAGCCUGCAGCGCCCUCUUCGAGAACUGCGUCCUCGCCAGGGAUGAACUCUCCGCCAUGCUGGACUACUCUUUCUCGUGCUAGGGACAGGCGUCACUUGCUCUGAGAGUCACGCAGAUUUGAAGAACUUUCCGCUCAUAACAUUGUCUUUAUCCAAUGAAAGUUUCUGAACAGAUUCUCUUGUACAGUAAGUGUAGAACUUGCUGAAAUAACACUUCCAUCCACAUUUAUUACAUAAUCAUGAUACGUUUUAUGUGAAAUAAAACAGAUCUCAGUUA